AUGUGCCGCUUUGCUGCCUGUGGGUGCCUGCAAGGCCUGGAUUUCCUUCACUCCAAGCAAGUGAUGCACCGAGACAUCAAAAGCCACAACAUUCUCCUGGGCCUGGACGGAUCUGUCAAGUUGGCUGAUUUUGGCCUUUCUGCUCAGCUCACCGCUGAGCAGAGCAAACGGAGAUCAGCUGUUGGGACCACUUACUGGAUGGCGCCAGAAAUCUUCACCAGGAAAUGCUAUGGCCCCAAAGUGGACAUCUGGUCCUUUGGCAUUGUGGGGAUCGAGAUGGUGGAAGGAGCGCCUCCUCACCGGAUGAAAACCUCCCGCACGGUUCAACAGCUGAUAAGCACCGGGGGCAGCCCGAAGCUGCAGAACCCCAGGCAACAGUCCGCGUGGUUGCGAGACUUUCUGCACUGCUGCCUGGAGACGGACGAGGACAGGCGCUGGUCUGCCCAGGAACUUCUGCAGCAUCCGUUUGUAACAUCAGCCAAGCCGACCUCCACGCUGACGCCUCUGAUCAUGGCAGCACAGCAGUUCAUGGCCGACAGGAGAUACUAGCCCUGGAAGAGGCCCUUGUUGUUUUUCGUAGUUUCUAGUUUCUAGUUUCUGUCAUGUAGUUUGUAGUUUGUAGUUUGUAGCUCGAAGUUUGUAGUUUCUAGCUUGAAGUUUGUAGUUUGUUUAGACUAGUAGUCAAAAGAAAUGCUUUAAUAAAGAAAACCUUCACUGUGUUGGAAGCUUCCU